AUGGGAAGUGUUCUUCGUGUCACCGUGAGCCACAUGCCUUGGUCCUUGCCAGAUGAGGUUCUGCUCCAGGUCUUUGGACCAUACGGCGGCAACAAGGUGUUUGUUCUGGAGAGGACAAGUUAUUGUGUUGCGGCCUUCCACCUGCAGCAGCGGGGUGCAGGCCACCAAGACCGCGUCUCCGGAUGUUCCAACGCCGCCACCAGCUCCGCCCACGCCUGCAGCGCCCUCGGGUCGCAUCCCUGCAUCAGCUCGCGUCCCUGCGGUCGCUGCGACUCUGACCCCGUUGUCACUGUCGACUACUUCGCCGAUGUGCUCCGCCCUAACGACGACCACGACACCAGCUGCGCCGCCCACGCCUGCAGCACCCUCGGUCGCGUCCACAGCUUCCACUACAUUUCCUGCCCCGACACCAGCCGGACCGCCCACCACAGCAGCUUCAGCGGUUGCGUCCGCGCCGGCCCUCUUCAGCGCAACGGCCGCGAGCAACCCCGACUGUUUCGGUGCGUCGUCGCCUCCACGCGCCGCCGCAGCCAUCUUCUUCCGGCUUCCAACACCGGAUUCCCUCACCGCGAAGAAGAAAAUCGCCAAGAAGUCGGUUCGGGCGCGCAUCUCCCUCGGCGUCGGCCAGGAGGCGUCGCUUUCCACCCGGCUGCGUCGCACCAACGUGUUCCCAAUCCGUACCAAGGCUGGGAGGGUCGAAUGUCGGAGCGAGAGGAAGAAGGCACUGACGACGCCGCGGAGCAAGGUCGUUCGGCCCAACAGACGACCUCCACGCCUUCGGGUCUAGGGGCUGGGCAUGCGGCCUCGGCCACGAAGGCGCGCUCUGCGUCACGGGAAUCGCCGGCCGCGUCGGCGCCGUCGUCAUCACCGGAGGAGCGGGCGCGGCUCAACGCCGUCGCGCGCCUGCGUAGGCCGCCCGCCGCGCGUGCGAGCACAAUGCUCGACGAUGGAGAAGCGAGGCCUCAGCACCACGGCCUCGACUGCGAGGCGCGCGUCCUGGCGCGUCAUGAAUGGCAGCGGCGACCGACACCUACCACGGCAAGGACUCCACCAACCCCCAUGCCACUCCAGUACAAGUCCUCGGCGGUCGUUGCAUCAGCUUGGAGCAAACCUGCUGUUGUCUCCAUGAAGGCCUUGGAGGUGUUUGACAGAAUGUCAUGCAGGUAUAUAGCCACUCUACAGCCAUCUCAGUUGAUUGAGGUUCUUCUGUUGGGUAGCACCACCAAUUUUCAUGAGGGCCUGAAGCAAUUUGAGAAAAGGGUUGAGCCGCUUGAUCAUAUUGUUCGGUUUGGAGCAUACUCUGGUGGGCAUCCAUGGUUAGCUGUUGAGCUACUGAAUAUGUUUCUAGUUAUGGAAGGGUGCAGCUACUAUCACUUGGAUGUUAGUGAGCAGAAGCAGGCGUACUGGAAUGAUCAGUUGGAGCCUCUUGGUUCACCACAUCUGCAAUUAGAAUUGCCAAGUGCAAAAAUUUCAGCUGACACCAUGGCGGUUAGGUGGGUUCAGUUCAAGGAAGCAUGA